AAGAUAAGCAUACCUGUCCCUGAGUGGAAUAGGCGAUUACAGCAAGUGAGAGUCACCAAACAUGACCUCAACCAACUCGUCAUGGACUACCUCGUCAUCGAGGGGUACAAAGAAGCGGCCGAGAACUUCUCACGCGAGUCUGGUCUGCAACCCCCAGUCGAGCUCAACAGCAUCGAAGAACGCACAUUGAUUCGGAAUGCCAUAUAUAGAGGGGAUAUCGACGACGCGAUCAAUCGGACCAAUGAGCUGAACCCAGAGGUCAUCGACUCCAACCCGCGCCUCUUCUUCCACCUACAACAACAACGGCUGAUCGAGUACAUUCGCGCAGGCGACAUCGAAGGCGCUAUCGUUUUCGCUCAAACAAACCUCGCCCCGCGUGGGACGGAGAACCCCGAGUUCCUCCGUGAGCUCGAGCGGACUAUGACCUUACUCGCAUUCGACAACCCGCCGGAGGAUAUCGCUCCUCUACUCGGUAUGGGCCAGCGGCAGAAGACAGCAAACGAGCUGAACGCUGCUAUCCUCGCAAGCCAGAACCAGGGCAAGGAGGCCAAGCUGGCUGGGUUGAUGAGAAUGCUCACUUGGGGAGAAGCGAUGCUUGAUGAACGAUGUGAAUACCCCCAUGUAGACUUGACGACUGGCUUGUUGGGAAGUGACCUGAUCAAGCAGGAGGAUGUUGGGCUGGAUGCAUGA